AUGGCGGUGCAGCAGUGUACGGUGGCGCUCUUGGUGGCCGUCGCCCUCGUCUCGUACGCUGCCGAAGCUGGCUACGCCCCAGCCGGGCCACAGCCCAAGGCCACGACCGAGGAGCAGAAGCUAGCUGAGAAGGCCAACAACGCCUUCAAGGCGGCCGUGGCGGCCGCAGCCGCAGCUCCUCCAGAGGACAAGGGCAAGAUAUUCGUCAAGACCUUCGUGCAGAUCUUCGGCAGCUGGUCUCUUGAGGGGGUCACCGACACGUCCAGCACCAAAGCCAUUUUCAACUCCAGGGUCGGCUUCACUCUGGCAGGGGCCGCACUGAAAGCCCAGGGUGCCACCCCGGAGGCCAAGUAUGAAUCCUUCGUGGCCAUGUUCGACAAGUCGCUCUGCAUCAUCGUCGGCAUCAUGAAGGUCCACGCCAGCGAGGAAGUCAAGGGGCCGAUCCCUGCCGGCGAGCUCAAGGCCAUGGACCAGAUGGACGCCGCCUUCUGCACUGCAGCCACCACCGCCGACGCUGCCCCGAUAAAGGACAGGCCCGCUGUCUUCGACUCUGCCUUCAGCAAGGCCAUCAAGGAGACCACGGGCGAUGCAUACGAGGCCUACAAGUUUGUCCCCGCCCUCGAGUCCGCCAUCAAGAAGACCUACGCUGGGUUUAUUCCCGGGAGUCCCCAGGACAAGCGCACGCUCUUUGAGGCCACCCUGAGCGACACCAUCGUCUCCAUGGCCGCCACUCCCACCGCCGCCGCUCCCACCGCCGCCGCUGCCGGUGGCUACAAAGUCUGA